AUGGGUGCAUGCUGUUCGUGCCAAAGAGUAGAGAGGUUUGAUGGUUUCUAUGCUGACAAUGAUCAUCAGGUGGUCCCACACAAGGAUAAUUAUGCACAACAUCAGGCUAAUGACGAUGACGAUCUUAUGGUUAGACGGGGCGAAAAUGGGGCUCGGGUCAGGCUUCAGGGAUCAUCCAGGUUCGUGUCCACCUAUAUUCAACAGGGGAAAAAGGGUACCAAUCAGGAUGCCUUGACUGUUUGGGAGAACUUUUUGGGGGAGAAAGAUUCGUUCUUCUGCGGUGUGUUUGACGGGCACGGUCCAUCGGGGCACAAUGUGGCGCGAUACGUGCGUGAUCUCCUUCCAUCUAAGCUUUCAUCAUCCGGCAAGGUUGUUGUUCCAAACAGCACUUCAACCACCCGGGUUGUGGAUGCCGGUGAUGACAAUGAUGAUAAUCAUGACAAUGGCACCGAGGCCAAGUUGUCUCAGAACCCCUUCGAGUCUUCCUGGAAACCUCGAAUAUUAAAGUCCUUCCUUGAAAUGGAUGAGGAACUUGAGGGUGAAACCACGGUGGAAAGCUACUGCAGUGGUACCACUGCAGUGACAGUACUCAAACAGAAAGAACACCUGAUGGUCGCAAACUUGGGGGAUUCUCGGGCUGUUUUAUGCACUAGAGAUGAUCAAGAUGAACUUGUUGCUGAACAACUUACGGUUGACUUGAAACCCAACCUUCCCGGUGAAGCUGAGCGGAUUAGGAGUUGCCAAGGGAGAGUGAUGGCAAUGGAAGGAGAAUCAAAUGUGUACAGGGUUUGGAUGCCUGACGAAGAUACCCCGGGGCUUGCCAUGGCUAGGGCAUUUGGAGAUUUUUGCUUGAAAGAUUUUGGGGUCAUCUCAACUCCUGAAGUCACUUACAGAAAAAUUACAGACAAAGAUGAAUUUGUGGUCUUAGCAACUGAUGGGGUAUGGGAUGUGUUGUCCAACCAUGAUGUGGUAAGAAUAGUUGCAUCGGCAAGGAAGCGAGCCACGGCAGCAAGGCUAUUAGUAGACAUUGCGGCUCGAGUAUGGAGGUAUAAGUAUCCGCGAGCCAAGAUGGACGAUUGCGCAGUGGUUUGCUUGUUCUUGAAACGCCCCCGGCCAUUGCUCACCAAAUCCCUUUCCGAAGUAACUGAACUAAGCCUCAACUACUCGGCGUUAGGGCCCGAAAACAUUGCACCAAGUGCAAAGAGUGAUGAUGGAUUGGAUACUGUACUCAACUUAGAAGUUAAUAAGGAUAAAGAUAUGCCCGCAAAUGAUCAGAUUCCGCCUGCUCCUAACAACGAUGAGGUGCUGAUUGAUGAUCCGGACUCAGCGCGCCGUGGUGGCGCCAGGAUCAGAAGUAGGAGACAGAAUACAAGAAAUGUUGAAACCAUUGAAGAAUGA